AUGGGGUUGUUGGCCGCCAAUGAGAGCGACGCACAGGUCAAAGAGGAGCCCAUGAAGUCACGCGACUCAACGGUUAAAAGACUGGCGAUUGGGUUUUCCCGCCACAGUAUCGACAACAAUGAGGAGAAGCCUCUCUUUGGAAGCAAUGACCCUCUCUCUCCCCUUAACCCGCUGGGGGAGAGAUUCAGCGCUCGCGCCUGGGCCCAGAAUAUGGCUAAGGCGGUAAGAAACAGCGACCAGGAACAAAGAAGAGUUGGAUUGUGUUUCGAAGACCUUGGAGUUUUUGGCUUUGGCACACCGACAGAUUUUCAGAAAACUGUAGCCAACAUCUGGUUUGCCUUGCCACAAAUGGCAGCACGCGCUCUAUUUCCACGCUCUAUCAUGUCUGGACAAAAGCGGCUUCAAAUUCUGCGCCACUUCGAUGGUAUUAUACGCCCUGGAGAGAUGUGUGUUGUCCUGGGCCCACCUGGAUCUGGCUGCUCGACAUUCCUCAAGGCCAUCUCGGGAGAUCGAAAUGGAGUCUACUUGAACGAGAAAUCCUACCUCAACUAUCAAGGAAUUUCCGAUGAAGAGAUGCACACAAUGCACCGAGGAGACGCGAUAUACACUGCCGAGAUUGAUGUCCACUUCCCCAUGUUGACAGUUGGCGAGACAUUGAGUUUUGCCUCACAGGCCCGCUGUCCCAGGGAACUGCCAGAGAAUGUCACUCGCGAACAAUAUUGCGAACACAUGCGCAAUGUUGUCAUGGCCAUGUAUGGUAUCAGCCACACUGUUCACACUAAGGUUGGCGAUGAGUUUGAACGAGGAGUUUCAGGCGGAGAACGCAAGCGUGUCAGUAUUGCGGAAGCAACACUGUCCAAUGCCCCAUUUCAGUGUUGGGAUAAUUCAACACGCGGUCUCGAUUCAGCAAAUGCAGUUGAGUUCUGCAAAACGUUACGACUUCAAUCCGACCUGUUUGGCCAAGCUUGUGCAGUGUCACUGUACCAAGCACCCCAAAGUGCUUAUGAUCUUUUUGACAAAUGCACGGUGCUCUACGAGGGACGCCAGAUCUACUUUGGCAGUGCAUCCCGUGCCAAGCAGUACUUUGUUGACCUUGGCUUCGAGUGUCCGGUGCGCCAGACAACAUCAGACUUCCUCACCUCGAUGACCUUUCCGGCGGAGCGUAUCACCCGUCCCGGAGCCCACCCGCCCCAGACGGCGGAUGACUUCGAAGCCGUAUGGAGAGCCAGCGCAGAGUAUCAAGCGCUGCGAGCCGAAAUACACCAGUACAAAGCCCAGCAUCCGAUUAACGGAAGAGACGCGCAAGUAUACCGUCAAUUAAAGAGGGACUACCAGGCCAAGGGACAGCGCCUGGGCUCUCCAUACACGCUCACUUACUCCCAGCAAGUGCGGCUGUGCAUGUGGAGAGGAUGGCGGCGUUUCUGGGCAGACCCGGGCCCUUCGCUCUGGGUCAUGGUUGGCAACAUCAUGAUGGCGCUGAUAAUGUCUUCACUUUUCUACGAUAUGAAGGAGUCCACCUCAACUUUCUAUGGCCGGGCCGUCGUCCUGUUCAUGGCUAUCCUCUUCAAUGCUUUCGCUUCUAUUCUAGAGGUUAUGACGCUGUAUGCGCAACGUCCAAUCGUGGAGAAACACUCGCGCUAUGCCUUUUACCAUCCGUCAGCCGAAUCAUAUUCUUCUGUCCUUGUCGACCUACCGAUGAAGAUCACUGGGACAGUCUCAUUCAACUUGGUUUUCUAUUUCAUGACCAAUUUGAAUCGCCAACCCGGAAACUUUUUCUUCUAUCUGCUGGUGGUUUUCCUCAUCGUCUUGGCCAUGUCUGGUAUCUUUAGGUUCAUUGGCGCACUGUCUCGAACUGAGCAACAGGCUAUGGUUCCUGCGUCGAUCUUGAUGCUCGCUCUGCUGGUCUUCACCGGAUUUGUCGUUCCGAUUCGUUACAUGCUGUCUUGGUGUAGGUGGAUCAACUACGUCAACCCAGUCGCCUACGGCUACGAAGCACUCAUGGUUAACGAAUAUCACAAUCGUAACUUCACGUGUUCCUCCUACAUUCCUGAUUAUACUGGUCCGGGUGCCGGUGUCGUCACGUGCGAUGCCGUUGGUGCCGUUCCUGGCCAGUCCUUUGUGAACGGAGACACGUACAUCGGCUCUGCUUACAGCUACUACCACAGCCACAAGUGGCGAAAUGUCGGCAUCAUCAUUGCUAUGGUGAUUUUCAAUCAUAUCGUAUACUUCUUAGCCAGUGAGUAUGUCACUGCUAAGAAGUCCAAAGGCGAAGUACUCGUCUUUCGCAGAGGUUUCGUUCCCAAACAGCCUGCCAACGACCUUGAGCAUUCUCUCGAAGGCCCAGUCGCUACAAUAUUGGACAGACCUGGAACGAUUAAAGAGUCCAAGGAAGCUGUCCUUGGUUCCAAAAGUGUGUUUCACUGGAGUAAUGUGUGCUACGAUAUCAAAAUCAAGGGAAAGCCUCGUCGUAUUCUCGACAGCAUCGACGGCUGGGUGAAGCCUGGCACUCUUACGGCAUUGAUGGGUGUGUCGGGUGCCGGAAAGACUACCCUACUUGACUGUCUAGCUGAUCGCCGGACUGGUGUUGGCAUUUUGACUGGUGAGAUGUUGGUCGACGGGAAGAUACGCGACGAGAGUUUUCAGCGCAAGACUGGCUACGCGCAGCAGCAGGACCUGCACCUAGAUACAAGCACAGUUCGAGAGGCUCUGGUUUUCUCGGCUCUCCUACGCCAGCCGGAGAAUGUUCCAACAGAGGAGAAGCUCAAACACGUCGAGGAGGUUAUCGAGCUCCUUGAUAUGCAGCAAUAUGCCGACGCUGUAGUCGGAGUCCUCGGUGAAGGCCUCAAUGUUGAGCAGCGGAAGCGCUUGACAAUAGGAGUUGAACUGGCUGCUAAGCCUCCGCUAUUGCUCUUUGUUGAUGAGCCUACCUCGGGUCUGGAUUCUCAGACCAGCUGGGUCGUCCUAGAUCUCCUGGAAAAGUUAUCUCGGGCUGGUCAGUCUAUUUUGUGUACGAUCCAUCAGCCCUCGGCGAUGUUGUUUCAGUGGUUCGAUCGGCUACUGCUUCUUGCGGAAGGAGGCAAAACAGUAUAUUUUGGCGACGUUGGUGAAAAUUCAAAAACCCUGAUCGAAUAUUUUGAACGCAAUGGCGCUGAUCCGUGCCCACCUACCGACAACCCAGCCGAGUGGAUGCUCAAGGUCAUCGGGGCUGCACCCGGCAGCUAUUCUGAGGUGGACUGGCACCAGACAUGGCGCUCAAGCGUUGAAUAUAACCAUGUUCAGGACGAGCUGUCCCGUCUCCGUUCCAAAGAACACAACAAGCGCCCGCGUGAGGACGAUGAUGAAAACUUCGACAAGCAAUUCGCAACAUCGCUAAAGUACCAAUUCCGCGUCGUCACCAAGCGUGUCUUCCAGCAAUCCUGGCGCUCGCCGUCCUACAUCUACUCCAAAUUAGUUCUCUGUAUCGCAACCAGUCUUUUUAUUGGCCUUGUCUUCUUAAACUCGCCUUUGAGUAUCCAAGGUUUGCAGAACCAGAUGUUUGCGAUUUUCGAGUUGAUGAGUAUCGUCGGGCAGCUGGUGGAUCAACAAAUGCCGCAUUUUAUCAGCCAACGCUCACUCUAUGAAGUACGCGAGAGACCAGCGAAGACAUAUAGCUGGAAAGUGUUUAUACUGAGCCAAAUAUUGUCCGAAAUUCCUUGGUAUACACUCGCCUCGGUAUUCAUGUGGGUGCUCUUUUACUUCUUGAUCGGCCUAUACCAGAACACAGAGGGCACCGACCAAGGAGGCGAACGUGGAGUACUAAUGUUACUGCUAUUCUGGGUGUUCCUUAUCUGGGUUUCUACCUUUGCGCACUUCUGUAUCUCAUUCGCCGGCUCUUCUGACGAUGGUGGUAAUAUUGCCAACUUCAUGUUCGUCCUGGCCUUCUUCUUUUGUGGCGUUCUGGCGUCACCAGACCAGAUGCCCCGGUUCUGGAUUUUUUUGUAUCGCGCUUCACCACUGUCGUAUUACGUCUCCGCGGUCCUGUCAACAGGUCUGGCGAACGCCAACGUUACCUGUGCUUCCAACGAGUUUACGGCGAUCGCUCCGCCCCAAGGCCAAACUUGUGGCGAAUACAUGCAAAAGUACAUCUCGACGGCCGGCGGGUACCUCCUCGACGCCAAUGCGACGAGCGAUUGCCAGUACUGCAGCAUCAGCAACACCAAUGUAUAUUUGUCCGCGUUGCAUAUCGAUUAUGGAAACAGGUGGCGCGACUUUGGCAUCAUGUGGGUGUACGUUGUUUUCAACGUCGCCGCUGCGUUGACGUUGUAUUGGGUUGCGAGGAUGCCCAAGGGAAAGAGAAAGUUGUAA